AAUGCCAAAGGGAAGGAUAAAAAUAGAGCCCAUAACUAAUAGCGCUGCAAGGAACCAAACUUUCAGGAAGAGGAAGAAAGGUUUACUCAAGAAAACCAACGAGCUGUCGACUCUCUGCGGUGUCAAAGUUUGUGCGUUUAUCAACAGCUGCGACAACACGGAGACGGAGUUUUGGCCGUCAAGGGAAGGCGCUGAAGCAGGGCACUCGGCGUUUAUGGGUGUUCUGCCGGAGGAACGGUGCAAGAAGACGUACGACCAAGAGAGGCAUCUGGAGGAGAGGAUCCAGAAGGGACAAGAGAAAGCGAUGAAGCUACAAGCGGAGAAUCGAGAGAUUGAGCUUAGAGAGGUUAUUUUCGAUCUUCUCAAGGGGAAGACGCUGAUGCCGCAUCAGUAUGGUGAUCCAAGUUUUAUGAGAGAGCUGAAUCUUUUCAUUGGUGGUUAUGCCAAUAAGGUAAGUUUAUGGACCCAGUUCCUCAAAUGUCCUUGA